UUAGUGGUAUAGUAUGUAAUGUUUUACCUAUAUGUAAGAAUAUCGCUAACUUUAGUUAACGCGAACUAGCCCAUUAGCCAUGCUGGCUAAAAUUAAAUUCCUACUCGCUGGAUGAAAGGACACGGCCCAGUGUUUGACAGGAAACAUCUCAGGACACUCGUACAAACAUAAUAACGCUUGAUAUUAAGGAAGAGAUGUCAGGAGAGAGCGUGGUGAGCUCGCCAGUGCCGGCAGCUACAACCCGGACUACGUCCUUCAAAGGCUCCAGCCCCAGCUCCAAAUAUGUAAAGUUAAAUGUGGGUGGAGCACUGUACUACACUACAAUGCAGACACUAACCAAACAGGACACAAUGCUCAAAGCAAUGUUCAGUGGCAGGAUGGAGGUCCUCACAGAUAGUGAAGGUUGGAUACUGAUUGAUCGAUGUGGAAAACAUUUUGGAACAAUUCUUAACUACCUUAGAGAUGGUGCCGUCCCGCUCCCAGACAGUCGACGGGAAACCGAGGAGCUGCUCGCUGAGGCCAAAUAUUACCUUGUUCAAGGCCUUGCUGAUGAAUGUACAGCUGCCUUGCAGAACAAAGAAACAUAUGAACCCCUUUGUAAAGUGCCUCUGAUGACAUCAUCCAAAGAAGAGCAGAGGCUUAUUGCUACCUCGAAAAAGCCAACAGUCAAACUGCUGUAUAACAGAAGCAACAACAAGUAUUCAUACACCAGCAAUUCUGAUGACAACAUGCUAAAAAAUAUUGAGCUGUUUGACAAGCUGUCUUUGCGGUUCAAUGGGCGCGUGCUCUUCAUCAAAGAUGUGAUUGGGGAUGAGAUCUGUUGCUGGUCUUUUUAUGGCCAGGGGCGUAAAAUUGCUGAAGUCUGUUGCACUUCCAUUGUUUAUGCCACUGAAAAGAAGCAGACGAAGGUUGAAUUCCCCGAAGCUCGAAUCUAUGAGGAGACCCUCAACAUCCUUCUAUAUGAAUCCCAUGAUGGCAGAGGUCCAGAUAAUGCUCUGUUAGAGGCCACAGGGGGUGCUGCAGGGCGAUCUAACCACCUGGAUGAGGAUGAGGAGCGAGAACGAAUUGAGCGAGUUCGUAGGAUUCAUAUCAAACGACCCGAUGACCGUACACACCACCACCAGUGACCUCCCUUCUUUGACCUUCAACCUGUGAUCCCGGACAGUAUUUGCACCACGCUUGUGCCUUACAACACCCAGCGCCUCCUUCUUUCACUUCCCUCAUAUUUUACCAGCAUUCCCCAGGAGAUUGAGUGUCAUACAGCUGUAUGUAGUGGUGAAGUGACUGUGUGCAUUUUUGUCUCCAGGUGUCUUCGUUGUUGUCUCGUCAGCCUAUAGUGUUCUUUUCGUUAGCCAUGAUAACUUGCAUCACUGUUUUCUGCUACUGUGUAGAAGCUCGUAGACAUGGAUGUUUGCCUUCAGCACUGUUUUUACCAGUGUGUACCGCAAAAAAAAAAAAGCAUAUUAUCAGUAUAUAGCUGUUAUAGAAGGUUUUAAUUACAUUACAUACAGGAGAACAAGAAUUAUAUCAUCUAAGCAACUAAAGGUUAAUGUAGAAAGGUGAGUUUUUCUCUUCCAUCUGACAGGUUCACUUUAAGGUCUCAAGUGGAUAAACCAGGUGUUGUACACAAUGAAGCCACAUGGUGGCACUGUUUUACUCUUAGAAGUUAUUAACCAAGGCUAUUUUGUAGCCUGUUUGGAAUUGCAAUUAAACAUUUCUAAAAUAGUUUCUUUAUAUAGUUAUACUGUUAAAAAAAAAAAAAAAAAAAAGAAGUUACAGGUGGCUGAAGCAGUUCACUGCAAUACUUACACCAUAUUUACUUUUAAUGUUGACCCAUUUUCCCUCUACUAAAAUCAUUUUCAGUGGAGGGAAUUUGAGCUGUGACCUGACGUGUUAAAUGAACUGGGCUGAUUGAAUGGUGGAUGUUGAGCUUGAUGUGAAUGACUGUAACCAGAUAUCUCUCUAGCAGGAAGGAAACCCUGUCUACAAGCUUAUAACAGGGAUAGAAAUUAGACCUGUCCUUCAGCACUGCAUUCAUCAGAGUUUGCACACUAUAGGUUUAAGUUGAUAUAUGUUUAACAAUCACAGUACUUGUAGGUCUGUUGUACAGAAGUAAACAAUGUAUGUUUUAUAUUUAUACAUUAUCACAAAUAAAUUUCUACAAACA